AUAAAUACCCUGUGUCUGCCAUCUUCGACUUCAAAUUGUUUACAAGAUAAUAUUUUGGAAUUUCAUCCUGUAAUCAGUUUUCGAUCUUCAAAAUGGCCGGAAUUGUGUUGGUUUUCGACUUUGAUAAGACGAUUAUCGACUGCGAUAGCGAUAAUUGGGUGGUCGACGAAUUGGGUUUUACCCAGUUGUUCAAUGAGCUUUUGCCUACAAUGCCUUGGAACUCUCUCAUGGAUAGGAUGAUGAGAGAGCUUCACUCUCACGGGAUUACAAUUGAACAGAUCGAGGAGUGUUUGAAAAGGGCUCCUUUGCAUCCCCGGAUCAUUACCGCCAUUAAAUCAGCCCAUGCUCUUGGGUGUGAGUUGAGGAUUCUGAGCGAUGCGAAUCGAUUCUUUAUUGAAACAAUACUGAAACAUCAUGGGUUGAUGGAUUACUUCUCUGAGAUUAACACGAACCCAAGUUUCGUUGAUGAAGAAGGGAGGCUUAGGAUCACCCCUUACCAUGAUUUCACCUCCUCUCCUCAUUGCUGCAAUAACGACUGUCCUCCUAACAUGUGCAAGGGUCUGGUGAUUGAGAGGAUACAUACAUUUGCAGAAGGGAAGAAAAGAUUCAUCUAUCUGGGAGAUGGAAAGGGUGAUUACUGUCCAAGUCUGAAGCUUAAUGAAGGAGACAGAGUGAUGCCUAGGAAGAACUUCCCACUCUGGGAGAUGAUUUGCAGUAACCCAUUACUCAUCAAGGCAGAGAUUCAUGAAUGGAGCUAUGGAGAAGAGCUUGAAAGGGUACUAUUGCACUUGACCAACAUGAUCAUCAUUGAAGAGAGCAGCAAGGGUCAGUUUAUUUCUGGGGAUUGCAAGUUUGAGAUGUUAAGUUUGUCUCGAAUUCUUGACCCGUUUUGAAGAUUGACCUGAUCCGACAUAUUUUGGUGGCG